UUAAGAGGAGAGAAGGCAGGGAUGGAAGAGCUCACCGCUUUCGUGUCUAAGUCUUUCGACCAGAAAGUGAAGGAGAAGAAGGAAGUGAUAACCUACAGGGAGGUGUUGGAGACCGGGUCGACGAGAGCAGGGAGCAGGGAGUCUUUAUCCGGGGAGCCGGGGAGCCGAGAGGAGGCAACAGCCGUCACCCGGAACGUUGCGCUCUCGCCGGGCAGGGAAACGGACAUGCUCGGCCCGGAAAGAAUCAGGGACGUCGGGAGCCCCAAACUCAUUGACGGCAACACGGACGUGAAAGAAAGGAAAGAGGACUCGAAGCCUAUAGAGGACGAGGCACAGACUAAAAUCAAACAGAGGAGAAGUCGGACUAACUUCACAUUAGAGCAGCUCAACGAGCUGGAGCGGCUCUUCGACGAGACCCACUACCCGGACGCCUUCAUGCGGGAGGAGCUUAGCCAGCGACUGGGACUGUCGGAGGCCCGAGUGCAGGUUUGGUUCCAGAACAGAAGAGCCAAAUGCAGAAAACAGGAGAACCAGUUACAUAAAGGAGUCCUGAUUGGAGCAGCGAACCAGUUUGAAGCUUGUCGUGUAGCGCCAUAUGUCAACGUGGGGGCUUUACGGAUGCCAUUCCAACAGGAUAGUCAUUGCAACGUGCCGCCCUUCUCCUUUCAGGUGCAGGCGCAACUGCAGCUGGACAGCGCCGUGGCCCACGCGCAGCACCACCUGCACUCUCACCUGGCGGCGCACGCGCCGUACAUGAUGUUCCCCGCGCCGCCGUUCGGGCUGCCGCUGGCGACGCUCGCAGCCGAGUCCGCCUCCGCCGCCUCAGUUGUGGCCGCUGCCGCCGCCGCCAAGAACACCAGCAAGAACUCCAGCAUCGCCGACCUGAGACUGAAGGCCAAAAAGCACGCGGCCGCGCUGGGACUGUGA